GCUAAGUUGUCGUGAGAACCUCCAAGUUUAUUUUUGAGAUAAAAAUGGCAGAAGGCGCACCACCCGCACCAUCCGCAUCUGGAGAUGCUCCGCCAGCACUCACCGAAAUGACCAGCAAAGAUUAUUAUUUCGAUUCGUAUGCGCACUUUGGAAUUCAUGAGGAGAUGUUGAAAGACGAAGUUAGAACUGUCACGUAUCGCAACUCAAUAUACCACAACAAACACUUGUUCAAAGACAAGAUCGUUAUGGAUGUUGGAUCAGGAACUGGCAUCCUUUCCAUGUUCGCUGCCCGUGCUGGUGCUAAGAAAGUGUUUGCUAUAGAGUUCUCAAAUAUGGCCCUACAGUCGCGUCAAAUCAUCAAAGACAACAAUCUCGAUAAUAUUAUCACUGUAAUCCAGUCAAAAGUUGAAGAAGUCACAGAACUUCCAGAUGGAGUUGAAAAGGUUGAUAUCAUUGUGUCGGAAUGGAUGGGUUAUUGCUUAUUCUAUGAAUCUAUGCUCAAUACCGUUAUCUUCGCUAGAGACAAGUGGCUGAAAGAAGGCGGAUUAAUUUUCCCGGACAAAGCAAAGCUGUUCUUGUGCGCGAUUGAAGAUAGGCAAUACAAGGAGGACAAAAUCCACUGGUGGGAUAACGUAUAUGGAUUCAAUAUGUCCGCUAUUCGAAAAGUUGCCAUCACUGAACCGUUGGUGGAUGUUGUAGAUAAUGCACAAGUUGUCACUAACAAUUACUGCUUGAAAGAGAUUGAUCUCUACACCGUGAAAGUCGAAGAUCUCACCUGGAAGUCAGAUUUCCAGCUGCGCUGCGCUAGGAACGAUUAUAUACAGGCUUUGGUGACCUUCUUCACGGUCGAAUUUUCCAAGUGUCAUAAAAGAACCGGAUUCUCUACUGGUCCUGAUGUGCAGUACACCCAUUGGAAGCAGACAGUUUUUUACCUUAUGGAUGCUCUCACUGUGAAGAAAGGUGAAGAAAUGACGGGUUACUUCUCUGUUGCACCAAAUGCUAGGAACGAACGCGAUCUCGACUUCAAAAUCAAGAUGGAAUUCCAUGGUGAUGUCUGCGAUUUGGUCGAGGAAAAUAUCUAUACUAUGCACUGAUUCUACGAGCAUUUCGACUGUAUGUGUGUAUGAAGUUUGAUGUUUAGUUAGCUGGUGUAAAUUUUUGCAUAUGAGCCUGGAAUUUCCCGGUUGCUCCACACGUUGUUACGUCAUAGUUAAGCGCCGUUACGUUGUUGUUCUCCCCUCCCCUUACGUCCUUCUACUUGAUUUCGGCUGUUAAUUGAUCUUCGAAUUCAAGUAUUAUCUGAUGCGGGUUUGCUGCCCCCCGUUGUUAUCUGUGCGUGUGUGCGCCCUGCUCGUUUCCUUUACAAUUGCACAAGUUGCCACCCUGUACUGUUAAAUGCUAAUUAUAUAAAUAUUAGGAGUGGUC